AUGGGCGACAUGACAGAUUCCGGAACCGUCAACUCCCGCCCGCUCCCCAUCCGCGAGGACUGCUGGAGCGAAGAGGCCACGGCGACGCUCGUCGAGGCCUGGGGCAACCGCUACGUCGAGCUCAGCCGCGGGAACCUCCGCCAGAAGGACUGGGCCGACGUCGCCGAGGCCGUCAACGCCGUCCACGGCCUCACCAAGAAGACCCACCGCACCGACGUCCAGUGCAAGAACCGGAUCGACACCAUCAAGAAGAAGUACAAGGUGGAGAAGACCAGGGUCACGGCGUCCAACGGCGCCUUCGUCUCGUCCUGGCGAUUCUUCGACCGGCUGGACUUCCUGAUCGGAUCUAAUUUCCCGGCCACCGCGGCGAAGAAGGAGAAGCAGCCGUCGUCGCGGUCUCUCUCGCCUUCCCCUCCGGUGGCCCUGCCGCUGACGAAUUCGUCGUCGGCGUACCGGCGGAACCCUAACCCUAGCUCGAAUUCGGUGGUGGCGGUCGGGCAGAAGAGGCCCGCCGCGGAGGACAUCUAUUUGAGGAGGACGUUCAUGGCUGCUGCCGCGGCUGCUGAUUCGGAGAGUGACGAGGAGGAGGAUGAGCCCCAGCAGCACCAGCAGCAGCGGCAGGACAGGGCGAACAACAACGACAACAACAACAACGACAAGGACGAGGAGAUGCGGAGGCUGGCCAGGGCGAUUGAGAAGUUCGGGGAGGUGUACGAGAGAGUGGAGAGGGACAAGCUGAGGCAGAUGGUGGAUUUGGAGAAGCAGAGGAUGAAGUUUGCGAAAGAUGUGGAGAUGGAGAGGAUGAGAGUUUUCACUGAGACUCAGAUCCAGCUGGAGAAGAUCAAGAAGGGGAAGCGCUCUGCUGGCCCUACUAAUGGUGAGAGAGAUUAUUGA